GAAGUACAAUCCAAAAGGCCGGAGUUGGAGCUCAAUCAAUCCAAAGCGGAGGCGAAAGCGAGGGGGAGUGGAGGCAGCGGUCGGCUGGUCGGGCCGGCGGCGACGGUGACGCCUCGCUCGCCGCGGCCCUACGCAUUCCGCUCAGGUGCUAGCUGUUGAGCUCACAGGAAAAAAAGGGCUAUCAUGGGGAUUUCAGCUAAGUGGAUAAAAUCACUUGUUGGGCUAAGAAAGCAUGAAAAGGGGCGAAAUGCUGAAAGCAGCGUCGGGAGGAGCUCUGGUGCCCAGUUGCUGCACAAACAGGAUCAUUCUGUAGAUACAGAAGGUGCUCUUGCAGCUGAAGAACUCAGAGUACAAGCUGCUGAAGCAAACAUAGAGACAAUAUCAAAUUCCACUUCCUCACCAAGCACAUCUUUUCAAGUUUCUCAGACUGAACGUGGUACAAAGGAGUAUCAGGCUGCUAUAGUUAUUCAGUCCGCCUUUCGAGCGUUCCUGGCUAGACGUGCUUUACGGGCGUUAAAAGGACUAGUUAGACUCCAGGCACUUGUAAGAGGUCAUGCAGUAAGAAAGCAAGCAGCAGAAACACUUCAGUGCAUGCAAGCGCUGGUGAGAGCUCAAGCUCGUGUGAGAGCAAGACGAGUCCGUGUUUCUUUAGAAAGCCAAGGGACCCAAAAGAAACAUCCUGAAAAGAAUGUUCAUGAGGACCAUGUUCGAGAUAUUGAGGAAGACUGGUGUGGUGGUAUAGGUUCAGUAGAAGAAAUGAAAGCUAAGGCAUUAAAAAGGCAAGAAGCUGCGGCUAAGCGGGAAAGGGCGAUGGCGUAUGCUUUAACCCAUCAGUGGCAAACAGGUUCGAGGAAACAGAAAGUAGCGAGCCUCCAAGACCAAGGACUUGCAGGGGAUGAGAAUCAGUGGGGGCGGAACUGGUUAGAGAGGUGGAUGGCUGCACGCCCAUGGGAGAACAGGUUACUUGACAGUAAUGCCAAAGAAAGUGUCACAGUUGGUGAUGACAAACCGGCUGAGGAAGACAAGGCUAAAGCUCUGAACAAACCAAAAGGAAAAGUACCUGUUUCAACCACACAAUCAAAUGGAUCGCGGCAGAAGAAAGGCACAGGCGACAAGAAGUCACAUUCUGAUGUAAGUGGCUCUUCAUCGGGGCAGUCUGCAAGUGUGCAACCAACUGCUUCUUUGGAGUCAUCCAAGAUAAAAGAGAAGCCAUCAGACGAAAUCACUGAUGAAGUCAGCUCUCAACCUUCGAAAUUGGCUUCCCGAUCCACGAGCAAUCCAAAAGAAAGGCCAGCACAAGUCAAUGCACCAGCGAAGAAGCAAUUAUCCCUUCCUAACAAUGCAACAGCCAAUGGGGGUGUAGGAAAGCGCCCUGCCAACAGUAGCCAGACCACCCAGGCCAUGAGAUCGAAGAAUGCAGUGAAAGGACCCUCCAAAUCUGAAUCAAGAGAGCAGCCGAAGCCUUCUAGCACAACCGUGAAGCCAGUCGAGGCACAAGCCUGAGACCAAACCACUUCCAUUUCAUUCAGACCAUUGGUGAUAUGCCCCUUUGUCAUGCGUGCUGUUGUGUUUGUGACUUUGUGUACAUAAAACUGAAAAACAAAUCCAGCAUCUGAACACUGAACUGGUGCCAUGUUGUAUUCUACAAUUGUCCGAGAUUGUUAGCGCUGUCUUAGAGUGAUGUACAUCGUCGACCGCUGUGUAUGCUCCUUUCAGAUUGCUCGGCGUAUGAAAAAUUCGAAAACCAUCGUUCUAAAUGUCA